UCUUUGGCCAUCAUGUGACCAGACACGGUGACUUCCGUUUCUGCCGAAAAGCGAUGUCCGACUCCGAGUGAAACAGAGGCUCAUCUCCGCCCCACCACAGCCCAACGUUAAAGUCUACCUCUUUCCCAACCUCUCCCUUAGGAGAAUCUCCGCCCCGCCCUCCGGGGGCCGGCCGGCUACAGCGGCGGGCUUCGCGUCCGGAAGCCGGCGCCUCGCGGCGAUGGCUUCUCGAGGGGUCGUUGGCAUUUUCCUCCUCUCUUCAAUUCCCAUCUUGUGUCUGGAGCUCCGGCGAGGGAUUCCGGAUCUCGGAAUUAAAGAUUUCAUUUUGCUGUGUGGCCGAAUUUUCUUCCUGUUUGCUAUUCUUACAGUAGUCAUUUCUGUAACUACCUCUUGGCUCAAGUCAUUUAAACGUUGCCAAGUUUACCUGAAAGAUGAAGAAGAGGAGAAAAACGAGGAAAGGCAAAAACUUGCAAGAAAAAAACAAGAAGACGCUCAGGGCGAAAAGGUCAGCAGAUACUUAGAGAACGUUUUGAAACCUCACCAAGAAAUGAAGCUGAAAAAAAUGGAAGAGCGAUUUUAUCAAAUGACGGGUGAAACCUGGAAGUUAAGCAAUGGCCACAAACUUGGGAGCAAUGAAGACGUGGUGCUUGAAGAUGCAAGUCAGAUGUCUUUUGAAACGUCAAACAGAGAAGCAGCAAGGAGACGGAACUUGCCUAAAUCUUUCACCAGAGUUUCACCACCUGUUAAACAACCCCCACAGAAGAAGGUUCUUGAUUUACCUGAAGAACCUCCGGAAACAGCUGCUGAAGUAGUUACUGUUGCCCUCCGCUGUCCAAGUGGUUGUGUUCCGAGGAGAAGGUUUUUUAAAUCUUGCAGUUCCCAGGUCUUACUUGACUGGAUGACGAAAGUUGGUUAUCCCACAUCCCUGUAUAGCCUUUCUACUUCCUUUCCCAGGAGGCCUCUGGAAGUAGAGGGAAGUUGGACCCUGGAGGACAUAGGAAUAACUGUGGAUACUGUUCUCAAUGUGGAAGAGAAAAAGCAGAGCAGCUAAUUAAGAAAUAGAUCAGUUGUGCCAUGAUCUUACAGGACAAUAAAGGAUUCAGCUGAAAUUGUGCCAUACCUUGACUGAAUUAAAGGUCACCCUCCUUUAAGAUGGCCUCAUUAAUCUCUCUCCCACUAUUCACUUUUGUUCUGCCCGCUUCCACAACGUACCAGGGUUUGUCUGCGUGAUCAACAGAAGUAACCAGAAAUGAAGACAUGCCCUUCGUGGAUCAGGUUGUAUCGUCUAUCUCAUCGCUUGUUCCGGGGGACAGCAUGUCGGGAGUAAUCCCAGGUCGAAGGACUGAGGUCUCCCACUUGGAGUGAGUUCUGCCAGAGUUAAAUCCCAGACUGGGGCCCUGGCUCCCCUUCACGACAGCCCAAUGAGACCCAAACCAGAACACUCAGGACAGCCGCUUCUGAACUCCCGACGCUCAGAACUGCGGAAUAAAUGCUGUUUCAAACUGUUAA